UAAUUUCCAAAUUCAGAUGAAGUUUUCGAUGUGGUGCUCUACUGCUCUCAAAUAAAAAUAAACAUAGAUGGGACUUUUUCUGAAUUACCUCUGAAUUGUCCUUCAUUUACGUCCAAAGUGGUAACCAAAACCAUCACUUAAGAUAGAGAGGGUUUGGAGGCUCAUGGGCGAUUAAAACUACAUAAACCACUGUCAUACGUUUUCUUCUCAUUUUCUUCUUCCUCUUCUUCUUCUUCUUCUUUAUACUCUCAUUAAAGAAACGAGAGAGAGAGAUCAAAAAGACAAUUGUUUGUGAAAUUUGUUGUUUAGAGAGAGAGAGAGAGAGAGAGAAUUUUCGAGAGAGAUGAAGUUCUGCAAGAAGUACGAGGAGUACAUGCAAGGGCAAGAUGAGAAGAAGCUACCAGGGGUUGGAUUCAAGAAACUCAAGAAGAUCUUGAAGAAGUGUAGGAGAGACAUUGAAUCGCACAAUCACCUUGAUAACAUAUCCAAUUGCCCCCACUCUUGCCCAGUUUGCGAUGGGACCUUUUUUCCAUCUCUUCUCAAAGAGAUGUCUGCAGUAGUUGGAUGCUUUAAUGAGCGUGCACAGAAAUUGCUUGAGCUACACCUUGCUUCGGGGUUCCGUAAAUACUUUAUUUGGUUCAAGGACAAGCUACAAGGGAACCAUGUUGCAUUAAUUCAAGAAGGCAGGGACCUGGUUACUUAUGCAAUGAUCAACGCAAUUGCAAUGAGAAAAAUACUGAAGAAAUAUGAUAAGAUUCAUUACUCAAAGCAAGGCCAAGCUUUCAAGUCACAAGCCCAAAGUAUGCGCAUUGAAAUCUUACAAUCUCCAUGGCUGUGCGAGCUUAUGGCUUUCCACAUAAAUUUGAGGGAAUCAAAAUCUAAAACAAGGAAGGCCCAUCCAUUGUUUGAGGGAUGCUCCCUUGUAUUCAACGAUGGCACACCAUCACUUUCUUGCGAGCUCUUUGAUUCCGUAAAUCUUGAUAUUAACUUGACUUGUUCUAUAUGUUUGGACACGGUAUUUGACCCGGUAUCUCUCACCUGUGGUCAUAUCUUCUGCUAUAUGUGUGCUUGCAAGGCUGCAUCAGUGACUAUUGUGGAUGGAUUAAAGGCAGCAGAUCCCAAGGAAAAAUGCCCUCUAUGCCGAGAUGCAGGAGUUUAUCAUGGUGCUGUACACUUGGAUGAGCUUAACAUUUUGUUAAGCCGAAGUUGUCCUGAAUAUUGGGAAGAGCGGCUUCGGACCGAGAGAGUAGAGAGAAUCCGGCAGGCAAAGGAGCACUGGGAAUUCCAGUGCCGGAUGUUCGUGGGUGUCUGAACAGGCAAUUUAUCUGUUUGGUGGUGCUAGUAUUAGCUACAGAGGUGAAAAUCCUCUGAUGUUUUUUGCAGUCCUCAGCUGUGUUUGUUGCAAAUUCCUAGAACUAGCAAUAAUCUUGUACAUAUAUAUAACUUAUGUUCUCUAGUGUUUGUUGCAUAUUCCUAGAACUAGCAACAAUUUUGUACAUGCAUAGGUUAUGUUCUCUUCUUGUGAUUUAUUGAUACUUUCCACAUGGAUUGUCACUGCCA